AUGACGCGUGGCAACCAGCGAGACACGGACCGAGCACGUGCUCAGGCGCGUCAAGCGAAGCACACACAGAGCGGGAGCCAGGGCAACCCCUUGGCUAAGCGCGAGGCGGACGCCAAGGCUCUGCAGGACAAGAUUGCUCGGAAAGAGCAGCUGAAGGCGGAAGGUGGCGACGUGAGUGUGAGUGCUGCCAAGGGCAAGGGCAACAAGCAAAAGCCACAGCUACAGCAGCAGCAGCAGAAAAAGAAGAAGUAG